AUGGCCAACCCGAUAUUCACUGUGACGGAACAUCUCAUUGAUGCCCAGUACAUCCGAGAAUACCCGCGAGCUACUACUACGCAAGAUGCACCCUUGAAACUGUCUGUUAAGAAAUAUACGCCCACGAACAAUCAGAACCCUACGGAGGGUGAUAUUACCCUAAUAGGAAUGCAGGGGACCGGAUUUCCGAAGGAAAUCUAUGAACCGUUGUGGGAAGACCUUCUUGCAAGAUGCGAAACUGAUGGGUUCCGGAUCCGCGCUAUUUGGAUCGCAGAUGCUGUCAACCAAGGGGCAAGCGGCAUUCAAAAUGAGAGCUACAUGGGCAAUGAUCCGUCUUGGUACGAUAACAGCCGGGACGUGUUACACAUGAUUAACCAUUUCCGGGCGGAAAUGCCCCGGCCAAUAAUGGGUGUUGGGCACAGCAUCGGUGCAGUUCAGCAGAUUUUCUUAUCUCUGAUCCAUCCCCGUCUGUUUACAUCACUCAUUCUCAUCGAACCGUACAUCCACGACGUGGAAAAUGGUGGUGGCGGAGGCUGGGUCGGGAAGGCGGCAAAAAGAAAGGAUGUAUGGCCUUCACGAUCUGUAGUAGCCAAAGGUUCCCAAAAGGCCUUGGGAAACUGGGAUUCCCGAGCUAUCAGCCGAUGGGUUGAGUACGGGUAUCGCGAGCUUCCAACAAUGCUUCAUCCCUUGCCAGAGGCAGCCAAUAGCGACCGCCCGGUUACUCUGGCCACCACCAAGACCCAGGAGAUAUCUAUGUAUAUCCGGCCUAAUUUCAAGAGCCAUAAACAGCUGGGCCAACCUGAUGAGGAUGGCCAUGAGGGUGAUGGGCCCAGCCCACCCCAUGACCCCCUUUUGGUUCCGGACAUGAUCGGUAGACUAUUCAACAAGCAAAGGUUCUACCGCCCUGAGCCACUUCUUGCCUGGCGGCUGCUGCCUCAUGUUCGACCAUCAGCCUUAUAUGUCAGCGGAGCCAAAAGUGAACUGUCGUUGUCUGGACACCAGGCCAGAGCAGCCAAAAUGACCGGAACUGGAUUUGGAGGCAGUGGUGGCCAGGAAUAUAGUCGUGUGAAGCACAUUGUCAUUCAAAAAUCCGGCCACACACUGCCCAUGGAACGUGUUGUGGAAACUGCUGGUGCUAUUGGACCGUGGAUAGGCGAGGAGGUGCGAAAAUGGAGAGAGGACGAACAACGGAUCGCAGAUGGAUGGAACGAACUAUCAACAAGAGAGAAAGGAUCCUUUUCUGACGAGUGGUGGGAAAUGCUGGAUUUUACAGCGCCUGCGCUCCCUAAGGAGAAAGCUUCUAAGUUAUAA